UUGACAUUCUAUUCUUUGGCUAAAGUUAUUUGCCAUAAACAUAAUUAAAUGUCGCUUCUCACAGUUCUAGUAUGUCAGGCGGAAUUUCUUAGGUCAACACUCGCUAAGCGACGAAGGAUAAGAGGGAAUAAUGACAAACCGUGUAGGCCGUAAACAAUACAGAAAAUACAACUUGGUGCGGUAAAUCUGUGUUGUGUUUGUUGGGUGUUUAUAGAUCGAGUGCUGUCUGUGUUGAUGUUUUUUGAACGUCAAAUUCGUAUAUUAUUUAUGGCUGCGUUUUCAAAGCAGACAGACUAAAAUAAAGCUUGUGUUUGAUGAGUUUAUCACCUAGUAAUCUGUCAAUUCGUUGGAUCUUAGUUACGGAAGUCUUUAUAAAGUUGCGGUUUAUAUCAUAGAAAUGUCUAAAGUCUAAACCUUACAAAUAGUUCCGAGCUGUACAAGUACUUUCCACAACCAAGGUAUUGUUUGGAGGGUAUACAUCACUUACUAAAGGCAAAGACCGUGAUUGUUAGAUUGCCAUGUCUCAUAAAGCCGAGACUGACGUCUUGAAAGCAAAGCUUUCGAAAAAAAUUGCCGAAUUAACCAUGGUCGUGCAGAUGCUGUUCACGCGAAAUCAUGAAAAGGAACUCGAGCUUUCGGCGACCAAGAAGGCGUGCGAAGAAGAAAUUCGCCGUGUCACCGAAGAAGGGAAAGGCAAACUGAACUGGCUUGAGAAGCAACUGGACGACUUGGAGCGAUUUCGCACGCUACUCGAGAUGAAAACGGACGAAUGCGAACGAACUAAAGCCACCGUGGAAACGCUACACGAGAAACAAUUACAAGCGGAACAAAGAGUGAUCGAACGGGGCGCGAUGCUUAGCGAAGCGUUGGCCGAAAUCGAGAAUUUGAAGAAGGAGAUUGCCAGUCGUUCUCCAGAGGAAGUCGAAGCGCUCAGACGCCAGAAAUCAGUGCUGUCAAACGAACUGUCGAGCGAGCGGGAAAAUUUGGCCCAACAGAAGGAUUUGGUGGGCGAUCUACACAACAAAGUUGAACUUAUACAAGCGAAUUUGAAUAACAUGCUAAACGAAAACCAAACCUUAAAACUGGAAUGUACGAAAUUGAAAGACGAUUUAUCGUUCGCGCACGAUGAAGUUCGCACGUUAACGCAAUCACUGCACGAAGCGAGAAAGCAUGGAGAACGGGCCCUUCAAAGAACCCGAAAGCUAGAGGAGAAGAAUAAACAAAUCGCUGCUGAAAAACUAGCGUUGGAGAGGAAUCAUGAACAGCUAAAUGAACAAAUGAACAAGUUGCUUUUAGGAAAACAAUAUUCGGACAAGCCGAUAGAGAGGACAAGACCUUCAUCCCCUAAGAAAGUGGAUAUCAACGCAUUAGCUUUGGCUAAAUUAAAACCAAAGCCGACACAGAAAGAUGACGAAGUACAAUUCUUAAAGAGGGAAAUUGAGAAGUAUCGUCUUGAACUGAAAAAUAGAGAAGUAAAUUUCAAUCGGGUGUUUGCAGAGAAAACGCCGCUCGUUAUCAAGAAACCCGCAGAAAUAACGGCAGAAGAAAUGCGUUUGAGGAAUUUAACAGGCUUGACCAGUUACAGGAAAGCGUACGCCACAUUACCUGCUGUUGUCAGGUCUGAGGCGAAACAACUGAAUGACAUACAUUCAACAACAAAGAAAAUGAAGCAUUUAUAAAAAUACUAUUAAAAUCCAUCACUUGUAUGAUAAUUAUUCUUAUUUCAAUAAAUAUAUGUAUGUAUGCAUCAUAGUAAAAUUACACUCUAUAUAAUUUAAUGUUA